UCAGCACUUUUAAUCUAAAUAUAAAUAUAUGGCUCCUGCUAAUGAGAAGAAAAAAUUUAUUGAUGGUGAAAAGGUUUUAUGUUAUCAUGGUCCAUUGCUGUAUGAAGCAAAAAUUGUCAAAACUAGAACAAAAGAUCGUGUCACAAAAUAUCUUAUUCAUUAUGCUGGGUGGAAUGUAAAAUGGGAUGAGUGGGCUGCAGAGAGUCGUGUGAUGAAAUACAAUGAAGAAGGGUUGAAAAAACAAAAAGAACUUAAACAUCAUCACAGUAAUGCAAAGAAAAGUAAAAAUAAAAAUGCUAAAGAUGAAAAAAAAGAUGAAAGUACCUCUACACAGUCUAAAAAGCGUAAAGGCAGAGGAGUCAAUGCUGAAUCUGAACCAUCAUAUGUGCAAAAAUUAGAUGUUAAAGUUAUUGUUCCGCAAGACUUACGUCGUUAUCUCUUAGAUGAUUGUGACUUUGUUACCCGUCAACGACAAUUAGUUCCUUUACCAAAACCUCCAGGUUUUUCAGUAAAAGAUAUAACAGAGAAAUAUUUAAAGUACAAAUUUGAAACCACUAAUGAUUUGAAAAAUUAUAGUUCAUUAGUUGAAGUUUGCAAUGGACUAUGUGAAUACUUCGAUGUCAUGAUAGGCUCUCAACUCCUUUACAAAUUUGAGAGAACACAAUAUAGCGAUUUAUUAAAAGAGUACCCUAACAAGCCUCUGAGUGAGCUAUAUGGUUGUGAACAUUUUUUACGAUUAUGCAUAAUGUUAGGCAAUGUACUAUCAUACAGUUGUCUUGAUGAAAGUAGUAUGGAAUUUGUUGUAAUGCAUAUACAUGAUUUUUUAGAUUUUAUGAUGAGAAAUUCUGAAGACUUUUUUGUUGCAGAGUAUGAAAACUCAACACCAGAUUAUCAACGAAGAUGCGCAUUUUGAUGUGCAAUACGUGCAUUUUAAUGCACAUUUUAUAUUUAAUUAAAGUUAAUUUAAUUUAAUUAAAGUUAAUUUAAUUUAAUUAUAAAUUUGAAAGAAAUCAUCUUUUGAAACUUUUAUUUCUUACUAUUAUUAUUGGAAUAUGCAAUUAACCUUUAUUGCUGUUAUUUGAUUAAUGUUUGAAAUUUAGUUUAUAUAUAUAUAUAUAUAUAUAUAUAUAUAUAUAUAUAAUAUAUAUAUAUAUAUAUAUAUAUAUAUAUAUAUAUAUAUAUAUAUGUAUAUAUAUA